CGGGAUGUAAGGUUUGUUAACUUACACCAGCACUUUUUUUAAUGUACUAUAUUUCGUUGUUUGCUGUUUACUGCAUCUUUUCAAGUUGAGUUUUCGUCGGUAAUCCAAAGUAUUAUUGGUGUGCCUAUAGCUCCUAAGUGUUUUGCAAGCUUACGUCGCGAAGGUCCUAGUCAAACAGGAAUGCUGAAAUAAUGCUUGGGAAUGCGGAAAUAAUGCGGGUCAGUGGAUUGAUUAGGAAUUCGGAAAUAAUACUGAAAUGCGACACUUAAGCGGAGGUUUACGGACUACUCGUAUAAUUUACGGCACUUGCAGAGUAAUUUAAGCGUUAAUGCGUAAACGCAGCUCUAUUUUCGCACAAUUCCCACCUUAUUUCAGCACUCUCCCGGCUAAUUUAGGUACCUUUCGCAUUAUUUCAGAGGUUCAAGGAAUUUUGUAUUGCUCGCAACGUUAACACUAUUUACCCCAUUAUUUACGCAUUCGCCCGCAUUAUUUUCGCAAUAUGGUUUGACUUUAAAUAUAUCGGCAUCCAGUCCAUACUUGUUGAAUACAUCCUGAAAGAAUGUAAGUCCCGAGUCUGAUUUAAUCACUGUAUACGCAAAUUUUGAUACAAUCCUAACAUGUGUCGAAACAUGCUAGGAUUAUGUUAAAAUCUACCCUAAUAAUGAUUUGAGCAUUGUUGUUUUAGAAAGCCUUCUAGCACAUUUGUGGUAAAAAACAGUAAAACUUCUGGAUAUCGCAUAAAUUUCUUUUGCCUACCACAUUAAAUCCGCUGGAUAAGAUACUUAACAUUUAAAUGCAGUACAAAAUUAGUGCAGUGAAUUGAGAUGUAUUGUCGCACAUAUCCAACUUUAAGGUCAUUUAUUUUGACCAACUAUCCGUGCUUAGGAGCAAGUUCUUUCGCUUCGUAACCAGCAUGCACUUCCUAUAAUGCUUAUGCCUAGUAAGAAGUUUGUUGGACAGUCCAAUGGACUGAGUUCAAAUCUAUAUUCUAGUUAUCGCAAACUUUCAAGUGGACUAACCAACCAUAUGGUUUUAGCAUACUAGUUGUUGAAGAUUUGCUCUUCUAUACUGUCUGCUGCAUUGAAGUUUAUUAUAGUCAGAAGUUGCAUUUUGAGAUCGGUAUAACGAACUGGUACUAGUCAUCAAGGAUUUUGUCCUACUGUGUCAAAGCUAUUUUGAAAUCAUUUCUGAAUGCUUGUGAUGAUUUUGAUAAAAUUGUCGACUAAACAUACGUUUGUCUAGAGUACCAUGAUUGCCUAUUUAUAGAACGGUUGCUAUUUCCAUUAAACUUAAUGUGGAGCAGAAUACAUCUCUCUGUAUUUCAGCAUUUUCAGCCCAUCUACCUGUCAUACUUCCACCAGAAGUAGACCUGAGAUGGGGUGGGUAACUAGGACGAAGUAGUUUGUGCUUCAUCGUGAGAUUGGCUGGAAAUUUUUAGUAGUCUUAGUAAUAGUCUGCUACUGCCUGAAAACGUGGGAGACUUUAUUUUUCUAAAAAUUGGUAUGCUCAGACCACACCCAGCAUUUUCCCAGAGCCGAGAUGGAUAAGCUUGAGGAUCACAAGUUGCACUUGUUUUCAUUUUAGCAUUUUAGCAUUUAUGGAGUACAUACUUCAGUGUUUCUUCAUAAUGGAUUUUCAUGUUUUGAACAAAAACUAAGGAUAUUGUUUUGGAUUAGAUGUAUUAUUCUGGUCCAACUUUCGAUCUUCGCCCUGGAUUUGCUGUAUUUUCAAAAGUUGAUACACAACAGAAAUGGUUUAUUAUAUAUCAGAAUAUUAUUCUCCAUUUCAGCUCAAAAGGUUUUAGUGACAAAGGUCAGUAAUAGAAUACAAAUUUGUGUAAAUUCUCAAGUGAAAAUGGUUAAUGAACCACUUCCAAGACCUUAUUUUUUGGAUAAUAUUUAACCCUUUUAAACUGUGAAUGGUCAAUGUAUUAUAAAGUUCACAACUCAGUUGCCUUGCUGUUCUACUCAAACAGUAUUGUUAGCCAGUGUCUGAGCUUGUGGGGUUACUGACAGUUUUUUUCUGACAUUUGUUUUUAUUACUUGAGUUCCCCUUCCAUUAGUAUUAUCCCAAAGGUUUGAAUAAUGUUGCUUGAUAUGCACGCAGUGAAUCUUUCAUAUUCUAAUAAAACCCCAGAUGUAUUUUGCUUAGUGGGUUAGUAUCUGUUCGAUGAAAUUUUUUGCUUAGGUUGAUUGAGAUCUGUCCGGAUAUACUUGGAAAAAUAGCACAUUUCUCAUUCUAUACUGGCCAGUUAUAUGAAGCGGAACAUAUUAGUCAUUUUAACCAGAAUAUCUGUUGUUUAUAACUAUUCUGCUAUAUCAUGACACAGCCAUCGGAAGAGUUCUGUGUUUACGAGGUAAAACCCGGAGAUUCUCUGUCAGCUAUUGCUGCUCAUUUCGGAUAUGUCACGCCCACUCAAAUUGCUAGAAUUAAUCAUCUACCAUUCAUGAGUUGUGGCCUUCCUCCUGUUUUCCCUGGUCAGCGUUUGAUUAUUCCCACUGUUGCGCGCACAGAUGCCGAUUCCGUCAAAAUAAAACGUCUUCCGGGCGUUGCAUUACGUAUAGAAGAUAUGGAAAAUCAGAAUGUCAGUGAUAAGAAUUCAGGAUUUUUAGCUGUUGAACCUUUCUUUUACACCACACGUGUACGGUCCUUUGCUAAGUCUUCUACCUCUGUUGACGAUGACGCUUUGGAACGUCAGUUUAUUAAAGUAGAUGCUCAUCGUAUUUUAAGAAAUCUUGAUAAUCUGGUAGAUGGUGUUUUGUUGGUCACUCCAGAAUCACUAUGUUUUGAUGCAAGUGAAACUGCAUUUGCACAGAAACAAGCUUAUAUAGCUUCCCACUCUGAUAAUGGUGCUGAAAGUGGUGCUGUUAACAAUAGAAAGAUGAGUGAUCCUCUUGAUGAUCCAAACGAUAAAUUACCAACUUGCCACACUAAUCUUGAGUCUUCUUGUUGUCAUAUUCCGCAAGAACUAAUUAAUUUGGGACUAUGCAUUCCACUGGAUUCGAUCAGUGCUCUGAAAACACUUAGCGAAAAGGAUGUCAUAAGCUUUCUAAGCUUAGCUGUUAGUGAAAAAAGCUCAGAUACUGGUGGAAAAACGAAAUCAUCCUCCAACUCAUCUUUUCAAAAUGAGGAAAUUCACGAACAUCAUAAGUAUCCACUUACCGACGAACUUUCAGAAUCAACUAAUAAAAAUGCAGAUGAAGACAAACAAGUUGAUUCAAGUCAAUUCAGUAAUGAACAAUCUGUUGAAAUCGGUAAACCAUUGCGUAGAAAAUCCUCAAGUUCUACCACUAAUACUGAUGACAUUGAAAAUUUUAGUAGUCAAGGUAAUUCAGAAACUCCUUCCAAAACCAAUCCAACAGCAUCAUCAUCACCACAACGGUUAUUAUCAACAUCUUUAGAAAAAUUAGAGAGUCCAAUUGCUAGUCAAUUAUUGCCAGUGAAGAAUGACACUGAGGAUAACAACAUACAUGAAAGUACCGUAGUAAAGUAUUUGUAUUUGAGAGUUACUCUAGUAGGAGAUGAAAAUCACAUCUUUCGUCUUACUGUUGAUUGUCUUACUCAGGUGUACAGUUUCCUGCUACGCGCUGGUGUAGGCAGCUCAGACCUAACUCGACAAUGUAUUCAUGGUUCUGAAAACACUGCCGCCGAAGACCUUGGAAAUCAAUUAUGCGUAAAGGAACGAAAGAUGGAUCCGGUUUCUACAGUAUGCCACCGACGUAGUGUAAUUGAGGAAAUAUUAGAAAGUAUGGAAGAAUCAACUCCUGUACCGUCACUUUAUGGAGGUGAAAGUCGAAUAUUGACUAAUAAGAUGCUUGCAGAUCUUAGUGUUAAUUUCCCCGCCCAUUGGACAAGUUCAAAUUUAAAUUCCAUCUACAAGUCUGAAGAUGACGGUUACUGUUUAAAUACAGUCUAUAGAAAGUGCAAGGAUGUUGAAGGCGGCGUUUUAUUAAUUAUUCGUGAUACUAUGGGUGUUGUAUUUGGCUCAGUUAUGUCAGAGGGGAUGAAAUGUAGUAAAGGCUUUUAUGGAACUGGUGAAACAUUUGUCUUUCAUUGGAAGCCAACAUUUAAAAAAUACUGUUGGACCAAAAAGAACUACUUUUUUAUGCGGGGAUCUCCUCACUCUUUUCAUAUUGGUGGUCAGAGUGGAAGAAAUGCAAUUUGGUUCGAUGAAUCAUUAAAAUAUGGUCGUAGUGAACCAACAGACACAUUUGAUAAUCCUGUACUUAGUGGAAAUUUACCAGAUUUUCAAUUUUCUGCUCUGUCAAUCAAUAAAACAGACGUAAAUGGGAAUGAAUCCAGUGAAAAUACUGCUCACAGUGCUCAUUCAAACUGUAUUCAUUCAGAAUCUAACAAGAAACUUUCAUCUGUAGAGUAUAACAGUGUUCCAUUUGUGAUUGAUACAUUUGAACUAUGGCAGUUGGUUAGUUAGUUGAAUAAUCAAUCAUAAAUUAUGCGUCAAUGAGUUUGAUCCAAAUUGUCUUUUUUUUCUUGAUAAAUUUAUGGCAUGGACACGUAUAAUAUUUACCGAAAUUUAUUACUACUCUUCGUUUUAUUUUACAAAGACUAAUGAUUUAGUUGUUUGUUUAUACUUUUACUGUUACGUGAUUUUACUUCGAAUGUAAAAAAUUUUUUUUUUCAAAUUCGAUCAUCAUUCCAUUCUGAUAAAUAUUUUCUUUUGUAAGAUAAUUUACUUAAUUAUUACUUAAUUACAUGUACUGGACAUAUGCACAGAAAGAGUAAAUUUAUUUAACUUCAG